GCAAGUUAUCGUUCGAACUAAUUCUUCCCUGAAGUGUUUGCGAGAUUGAGUGUUUGUUUGCUUUGGAUCAGUGCUGAGAUUGUAGUUUUCGUCAGACUGUGUCCCGAUUUCAUGUUUUAUUGUCGCAGGAAUGCUUCAUGGUGAGCUAUUUCAGUAGUUAUUUUUAUUUUAUAUUUUUAUUUUUUGAUUACUAGAAGCGGAGUCGGGAAAAAGCAGGACGUUCGGGAUGGCACAGCGAUAUGGUGUGGCGAAAUUUGUAGUCGGGUUAAUGGUGGCGUUCUUGGUGUUCAGCCCGCUAUUAUGCUCGGCCUGGAGUGACAAUAGAGAAUUUAUGGAGCAGCAAGGCAACAGUUCCUUCUUAUGCAAGUCGUCCGGUCCUUGUGUUUCUUGCUCUCGCCCUGAUAAGGAAGCCAAUAAAUUUCAUUGUCGAUCAACUGGUUAUCAUCAAUCAUUUAAGUGUCGGGAGAUGAAGAGCGCUCAAAAAGUGGAGCAGAAUAAGCACGAUAUGGAAGGUCUCAGUGGUAAGCAGACAGCUCAUACUGACACCGACGGUAACGAGGUGACUGGAUCACACGACAGAAAGUUGCCAUCCACGGAAGGUCAUAGUGCAGUAGAGACACCAUCCUUCAAACUAGAAGGGGGUUUAAAAACAUAUCCCACUUAUAAAUCCUGCACACCUGCUGAUCUAAGAAACGACAAGUUUUCAGUGCUGCAGUUUGAGGCUAUCGCCCUUGCGUCAUUUGCAUUGUGCUCGCCUCUGGUGUAUUAUCGGCGCAAACACAGUUUUUCAGGCAUGACGAGAAUUCCUACGAAUGCCCGCUUUUGAUUCUUUACGAAAGAACGUUCUUGACAAUUUGCGACAGCGCGGUUCAGCGGUAUCGACUGUGUAAUGUCGCUGUUGAUCCCAUGUAUAUUAGUCGAUAGUAUCUGGAGCAUUGGAACUUCACCAGUCUGUAAUAUAUUGUCCCUGCAAAGUUCGAUGGUUAUGUUCCUCUUCGUUGAAGUGUUUUAGAUGAAACCGACGCAUCGACAGUCUAAGCUGGAUAAAAGUCACCGCAAUUCUUACGAGUGCA